AUGCUGCUGAACCCGGCGUCGGAGGCGUUGGUGCUGGACACCAUCCGGCAGCACCUCCUGGAGGAGCCGGCGGCGGCGGCGGAGGCGCGGCCGGCCGACGAGACCUUCGGGAGCCUGGUGGCGGACCGGUGGAGCGGCUCGCUCCCGUUCCGCACCGACGACGCCGAUGACAUGGUGGUGUUCGGGGCGCUGCAGGACGCCUUCGCCUACGGCUGGCUGCCCGACGGCUCCUUCGCGCGCGUGAAGCCCGAGCCGGUGGGGUCCCCCGACGACUCGGCCUACUCCUACUCCUACGACGGCUCCUCCUGCUUCGGCGGCCUCCUCCUGGACCUGGCGGAGCCGCUGACGCCCAGCAGCGAGGGCGGCGAGGCGGCCGCCACGCCCAGGCGGGAGGAGGCCGUGGCGGCCGUGGCCAGGGGCAAGCACUACAGAGGCGUCAGGCAGCGCCCGUGGGGCAAGUUCGCGGCGGAGAUCAGGGACCCCGCCAAGAACGGCGCGCGCGUCUGGCUGGGCACCUACGACACCGCCGAGGACGCCGCGCUCGCCUACGACCGCGCCGCCUACCGCAUGCGCGGCUCGCGCGCUCUCCUCAACUUCCCGCUCCGCAUCGGCUCCGAGAUCGCCGCCGCGGCCACCGCCGGGGACAAGCGGCCGUCGCCGGAGCCCGCCACCUCCUCGGACUCCUCGUCCUGUUCCUCCUCCACCUCCUCGUCUUCGACCGGCGGUUCGCCCAAGAGGCGGAAGCGAGGCGAGGCCGCGGCCGCCAACAUGGCCAUGGCGCUGGUGCCCCGCCUUCCCAGCUUAACCGGCCGGCCCAGCCAUGGUUCCCUGCCGCGCCGGUCGAGCAGGCGGCGAUGGCGCCGCGCGUGGAUCAGCUCGUCAUCUAGCCCCGCGCCGAUCAGUCAGAGCCAGCCAGCCACCGGGCACCGCGGCGAGGCAAUGAGGCGUGCAACGAGGGAUGAUGCGCCAGCGAAGGCGGAGGAACAGGACAACAAGGCCCUGCGCUGCACUUGCGCGGUGCACGACGGGGCAGCGCGAAUGCGACGGCGCGCGCGCGCAUCCCGGUGA